UUAGCUCGCCAGCUCAGAGAAACAGACCGUCACCUCGCCUCGGCGCUUGCCUUGGCCCAUGAAAGGGAUCUUGCCUGGGCCGAACAAAGGCGCCAAACGCAACGAGGCAGAGCCACGCUUUCGCCGCCGGCCGCAAGCCCUGCCCAGGUCUCAUUGCUUCCGGAUGUGCCCGCCCAGGGCGAGGAGCAGCGUGAGCAGCAUGGCUUGUCCGAUGCCAGCUCGAGAUCCAACGCCGUUGGAAUAAUUCAAAACCCACCAAUCCCGGGCGAUCCAGCUCCGUCUGUUGAGGCCCUUCUUGCUAGGGUUAACAGUUUUGCGAAAACCCAUGGCUUCGGCGUUAUCAAAGCUCAUGGCAUGAUUCGACCGGGACAGCGAAGUCGA